UUGCUUAAGAACUCAGAAGAGCCAAACCAAAGAUGGGGAAAAGAGGUUCCUCAAUGGCCUCUUUGGCCAUUGCUCUUUUGGCAACAUUUCUCUCUUUAACUCUGCCUUCCGAUGCUAAUCAGUAUCUCUAUUCUUCCCCACCUCCUCCUCCCUACAAAAAGCCUUACCACCCACCUUACCACUAUAAAUCACCACCACCACCUCCUCCGGUGUACAAAUACAAGUCUCCUCCACCUCCACCACCGUACAAGAAACCAUAUCACCCACCUCAUCACCACAAAUCUCCACCUCCACCUGUUUACAAGUAUAAGUCACCACCACCACCACCACCGUACAAAAAACCGUACCACCCACCAACACCCAUUUACAAGUAUAAGUCUCCACCACCACCAGUUUACAAAUAUAAAUCUCCUCCACCACCCUACAAGAAGCCAUAUCAUCCCCCCACACCCAUUUAUAAGUACAAAUCUCCACCACCACCCGUCUAUAAGUACAAGUCACCUCCGCCACCACCACCUUACAAGAAGCCAUACCACCCACCAACACCCAUUUACAAAUACAAAUCUCCGCCACCACCGAUUUAUAAAUACAAGUCACCACCUCCACCACCACCCUACAAGAAGCCAUACCACCCACCUACACCAGUUUACAAGUACAAGUCUCCACCACCACCCGUCUACAAAUACAAGUCACCACCUCCUCCACCACCAUAUAAGAAGCCAUACCACCCACCUACACCCAUUUACAAGUACAAAUCUCCACCACCACCAGUAUACAAAUACAAAUCUCCCCCCCCACCACCACCACACAAAAAACCAUAUCACCCACCGUACCACUAUAAGUCUCCACCACCUCCACCUCCUGUCUACAAAUACAAAUCUCCUCCUCCGCCACCACCAUACAAAAAACCAUAUCACCCACCGUACCACUACAAGUCUCCACCACCCCCACCACCCGUCUACAAAUACAAAUCUCCUCCUCCACCACCACCAUACAAAAAACCAUACCACCCACCGUAUCAUUACAAGUCCCCAUCGCCCCCACCACCAGUCUACAAAUACAAGUCUCCUCCUCCACCACCACCAUACAAAAAACCAUACCACCCACCGUACCACUACAAAUCUCCACCACCUCCUCCUCCUGUCUAUAAAUACAAAUCUCCUCCACCUCCACCACCUUACAAAAAACCAUACCAUCCACCUUACCACUACAAGUCUCCUCCUCCACCGCCCCCCAUUAGACACUACCACCCACCCCCGACUCCGGUGAAGCCAUACCACCCACCUCCCGUCUACCACUACAAAUCUCCACCGCCACCACCACCCGUUUACAUCUAUGCAUCACCUCCACCUCCUCACUACUAGACAUUAACCCUAACAAAGGAAGCAAAAGGAGGAUGUCAGAAAAUAAAUGACACGUUCAUAAGAGCUUUAUGAUCUAGAACAGGAAAGCCUGAAGGGUUGCUGCUGCAGUUUGAUAAGUGUUGAAUUUUCUCUUGCUUUUAGGCUUUGUCAUUUUCAUUUUACUUCUUUUUUUUUCCUCCUGUCUCUCUAAUUUUUAUUAGAUGUAAUGCACUACUGUAGUAACAUCUCAAACUAUAUAUUAUAAGAAAGAUGUGCUUUGUAUAAUCAUAUAAAAUUUAUCAGUAUUUGUAUAAUGUAAUGUGCUGCUUCCUUUUCCUUCACCGGCUAAUACAAGUGUUGCUCAUUUCCCAAUAAGCAAAAGAUAGUGUGUUUUCUCUUAA